CGAAGUGGCAGAUUUCCGGGAAUCCCGUGAACGCCUCAUCGUCCCGCAGCUGAGCUCAGAGCGAAAGUUGGAGAGAAGUGACAGAAAGCAGCAGAUCAGCAGAGGAAGAGACGCUCGUAGAAGUUUCUCUCACUUUUAUCAUUUCAGGGUUUCAUUUCUGCAAGCAGGAGCAGAAUGUCGCCUUUCCUGUUUGCAUAAAAUACAGUUUAGUCGAGCUUUGAAAGCCUGAGACGCAGUGACGGACAGACUGGGACCAGCAGACAUGGAGAACGGGAAGAACCGCCUGCAGCAGACGCAGGAGGAGGUGGAGGAGGUGAAGGGGAUCAUGAUGGACAACCUGAACAAAGCGGAGGAGAGAUCCGGAAAACUGAACGACCUGGAGCAGCAGGCUGAAGAUCUGCUGGAGAAGGGGAAAGUUUUUGAGAAAAAAACACACAAAGUGAAGCAGCAGAAAUUUUUGGAAAACAAGAGGAUGAAAAUCGUGGUUGCCGCCGUGGGAGUGGGGAUCGGACUCAUCAUUGUGGGAAUUAUAAUCUUUUUCUCCGUGUAAGAAUGAAUGAUCCGAAGCUGCUCGACAGCUGAAAACAAAAAGGAAUUGAGCUGAAGGACAGUAAAUGAGUGGAGGUCCAGGAAACGACCAGCUCUCUGACUGGGACUGCUGCAAAAUAUGUGAUAUUAUUAGGCUAUAAGAUAUCUAAGGAAACGUCCCCCCCCUCCUUCAUAUCUUCUCUUGAUGUGGUACAAUUCAUCGCUUGCUUGGAUCCCAGUUUAAACUUUCCACACAUGUCUUUGCAGACAAUCGAAGCCUCCUGCUCUUUCUUGGAAUUGUUUUAGGAGGGAUUCAGCAGAACUCUGAGGCGGCCAUAUUUGUGUGCAUGUUGUGCAAAUGAAAAGGAGGACGUCUGAUGUUAAAGUCCAGCUGUUAAAAAAUGCUUUCAUAUUAAAUAUCCCUCUUCUUUGAUCUAUGGUUACGUUUAUUUUCAGUUUCUGAUUUUAAAGAAAUAUCUUUAAUAUAAAUGUUGGUUAUAAUAGUCAAAUUAGGAUUGUAUUUCUAUGUAAAGAUUUUUAUAAAAUGUAUAAUUGAAAAGAAUUGCGAUAAACAGCACCCCCUGGUGGCUGAUGUUGGUAAACAUAGAUAAAGCCUGAAUUCAUGACCAUAAAACUUUCUGUUUGGUGCCAAGCAA